ACCUAGUGGCAUCUCCUAGCAGCCUUGAAGAGCCAGUCCUUGUUCCAGCUUCUUUGGCGGGCUGUGGACAUAUCAUGUCCAGGAGUGGACACUGUAAAUGUCCCCUUCUGGCCCUGGGCUUUCCGGUGCAUCCGAGUUCCUGGUCUUAAUUGACAGGCCAGUGACUAUUGGCUGAAGUUCCCUAGCGAUUUGCAUGAACGGGGAGGGAGUGUCCUCCGCCACCCUCCCUUCUGGAGCGCGCUGACUGCAGCCUCCCAGGGAAUGCGCGGCCAAGGGAACGCGCGCAGCUCGCUGGUCCAGGCAGUGAGCUUGCGCCCGGCGACCUGGCACCCGUGCCUGGAUAUGGGGCAUCUACAUCGUCCCAGGAGCAGUACCAGCCACAGGAACCUGACGCAUGUUUUUCUGCUUUUCCUCUUCGUGGGACCCUUCAACUGCCUCGCGAGUUACAGCCGUGCCACCGAGCUUCUGUACAGCCUAAACGAGGGACUGCCCGCGGGGGUGCUCAUAGGCAGCCUGGCCGAAGACCUAAGGCUGCUGCCCCGGGCCUCUGGGAGGCAGAGUCAGCAACUGCUGCAUCCAGAGCGCACUGCCACUGAGGGGAACCCCCCUCUCUCUUUCAGCUUGGCCUCUGGAGGGCUGAGUGGCCAGUAUGUGACCCUAGACAACCGCUCCGGGGAGCUGCACACUUCUGCCCAGGAGAUCGACAGAGAAGCGCUGUGUCUCGAUGGGGGCGGAGGGACUGCCUGGGGCGGCAGCACCUCCAUUGCCUCCUCUCCUUCCUCUGACUCUUGCCUUUUGCUUCUGGAUGUGCUGGUCCUGCCUCAGGAAUAUUUUAGGUUUGUAAAGGUGAAAAUUGCCAUCAGGGAUAUCAACGACAAUGCUCCACAGUUCCCAAUUUCUGAAAUCUCUGUUUGGGUCCCGGAAAAUUCACCUGUAAACACCCGAUUGGCGAUAGAGCACCCAGCCGUGGACCCCGAUGUAGGCAUCAAUGGAGUGCAAACCUAUCGCUUACUGGACUACCAUGGCAUGUUUACCCUGGAUGUGGAGGAGAAUGAGAAUGGGGAACGAACCCCCUACUUGAUUGUCAUGGGUGCUUUGGACAGAGAAACCCAGGACCAGUAUGUAAGCAUCAUCAUAGCUGAGGAUGGUGGUUCCCCACCACUGCUGGGCAGUGCCACCCUCACCAUUGGCAUAAGUGACAUUAAUGACAAUUGUCCUCUCUUUAUAGACUCGCAAAUUAAUGUCACCGUCUAUGGAAAUGCUACAGUGGGCACCCCCAUUGCAGCUGUCCAGGCUGUCGAUAGAGACUUAGGGACCAACGCACAGAUCACUUACAGUUACAGCCAGAAAGUUCCACAGGAAUCCAAGGAUUUGUUCCACCUGGAUGAGACGACUGGAGUCAUUAAACUUUUCAGUACGAUUGGUGGGAGUGUUCUACAGACACAUAAGCUCACCAUCCUUGCUAAUGGACCAGGCUGUAUCCCUGCAGUAAUCACUGCUCUUGUGUCCAUCAUCAAAGUCAUUUUCAGACCCCCAGAAAUCGUCCCACGUUAUAUUGCAAAUGAGAUGGAUGGGGUUGUGUAUCUAAAAGAACUGGAGCCUGUUAACACCCCAAUUGCGUUUUUCACCAUAAGAGAUCCAGAAGGUAAAUCCAAGAUUAACUGCUACCUCGAUGGUGAAGGGCCAUUUAGGCUAGCACCCUACAAGCCGUACAACAAUGAAUAUCUGUUGGAGACCACGAAACCUAUGGACUAUGAGCAGCAGCAAUUCUAUGAAAUAGCUGUAGUGGCCUGGAACUCGGAAGGGUUUCAUGUCAAGAGAGUCGUUAAAGUACAACUUUUAGAUGACAAUGACAAUGCUCCUGUUUUCCUUCAACCUUUGAUAGAACUGACCAUUGAAGAAAACAACGCGCCCAAUGCCUUUCUAACGAAGCUCUAUGCUACGGAUGCUGACAGCGGUGAGAGGGGGCAAGUUUCCUAUUUCCUGGGGCCAGACGCACCAUCAUAUUUUUCCUUAGACAGUGUCACAGGGAUUCUGACCGUUUCUACCCAGCUAGACAGAGAAGAGAAAGAAAAGUAUAGGUACACUGUCCGUGCUGUGGACUGUGGGAAGCCACCCAGAGAAUCUGUGGCUACAGUGGCUCUCACUGUGUUGGAUAAAAACGACAACAGUCCCAGGUUCAUCAACAAGGACUUCAGCUUUUUUGUGCCAGAAAACUUUCCAGGAUAUGGUGAAAUUGGAGUCAUUAGUGUAACAGAUGCCGAUGCUGGGAGGAAUGGAUGGGUAGCCCUUUCAGUGGUAAACCAGAGUGACAUUUUUGUCAUAGAUACAGGAAAGGGCAUGCUGAGAGCUAAAGUCUCUUUAGACAGAGAGCAGCAAAGCUCUUACACUCUGUGGGUGGAAGCUGUCGAUGGGGGUGAGCCUGCCCUUUCUUCCACCACAAAAAUCACAAUUCUCCUUCUGGACAUCAAUGAUAACCCUCCUCUUGUCUUAUUUCCUCAGUCUAAUAUGUCUUAUCUGUUGGUCCUACCUUCCACUCUCCCUGGCUCACCAGUUACAGAGGUCUAUGCUGUUGAUAAAGAUACAGGCAUGAAUGCUGUCAUAGCUUACAGUAUCAUAGGGAGAAGAGGUCCCAGGCCUGAGUCCUUCAGAAUUGACCCUAAAACUGGCAACAUAACUCUGGAAGAAGCUUUGCUGCAGACAGAUUAUGGACUGCAUCGCUUACUGGUGAAAGUGAGUGACCAUGGCUACCCCGAGCCUCUGCAUUCCACUGUCAUGGUGAACCUAUUUGUCAAUGACACUGUCAGUAACGAAAGCUAUAUUGAGAGUCUUUUAAGAAAAGAACCAGAAAUUAAUAUAGAAGAGAAAGAACCACAAAUCUCAAUAGAACCAACUCAUAGGAAGGCAGAGUCUGUGUCCUGUAUGCCCACAUUAGUAGCUCUGUCUGUCAUCAGCCUGGGUUCCAUCACACUAGUAACAGGGAUGGGCAUCUAUAUCUGCUUACGGAAAGGUAAAAAGCAUCACAGGGAAGACGAAAAUUUGGAAGUACAAAUUCCCCUGAAAGGAAAAAUUGACUUGUGUAUGAGAGAGAGGAAACCAAUGGAUAUUUCUAAUAUUUGAUGUUUCAUUGUGGAAUAACAGAGAGGGAUGUUUUAACUGCCAUGAGUAGUCUUUGUCAACGCAAACAAGGAUGUGCUAAUGCAGUUCCACUGGAGGACAACUAAUUUAUAACUUGUAACAUAUUGUAAAUAGCUGUUUACAGGUUUUUAAUUCAAAUUCAGAGGUUAUAAAAUGUGUACAGAAUUUUUAAAUGAAAAUUAGUACUAACAGCUAUAUCAUUGUUAUUUAUAUAUAAAUAUAUAAAACGCUGGACAUAACUGGCAGCUCCCAUACACCAAGCAGAUGACUGACAAAACUCAAGACUAAGGUAAGAAAAGUACGUUUUUGUUGUUCUAAAAUGUCUUUUCACCACAAGAGGGCACCAGAUGACCCUUUGCAGGGAACUGCAGUAUUGUACAUGAUGGUUGUUGUACAUUAACGAGAGAGUAUAUUUUAAAAUAUGUUGUUUUUCACAUUAAAUAUAAAAUUAAAGUAAAUCGAAUUUCCCUACUUAAAUAUAUGAUAAGAAUGAAAAGAAAUCCACUUGGAAACAGGAUUCAUUACCUCUUAAGGACAUCAAUUAUGGUUUGAAAGAGAGGACAUUUAAAAGAAGUGCAAUUCAUGUUGGGCAAGCAUCAAAACAUUGCCAUGUGUUACAGAUUUGACCUGCUGAAAAGCGCACUCUUUUGCAUAUGUCCCCCUGCUGCCGGUCGGCUUUACCACUGCACUUACUUGCUAGAGUUACAGGAGGUGGGCAUCAUUUGUGGACUCUUUUUGUGAAAAGUAAACUAGACGUUACACAAGAAGCACACCGGGCUAUCAAUCCCCGCUUGCUGGCUCGGUGUUGACGACGACGUCAGUGCAUCCUCAGCUUGUCAGCAACAGUUUGUUCUUGGAUUAUAUGUCAGGUUGUGUAUGAUUGUAUUCAUCCACCACGUGAGAAAAAAUAAAAGUUGCAUUCAAGUUAAAUUCCUCUGAAAGCUAGUGUUCACUAUUGGUUGUUUUAGUUAGGCAUUUUAUGCGAACGUGAUACUUUCUCUGUAGUUGUUUAGCUCCAUUGGCUACCAUUCUGGCUCCUUUCUUUGGUUCUGGAAAACAUCCAAUGGUUUAUUUGUAAGCAGAUUCCUUUGAUAAUUUAGUUUUUACUGACUCUUUUGCAAUGAAGAAAACUGGUUUGUCAGUGAUUUCUAACUUGUCCUUCUUUGCAUGAGAUGGAGAUUUUAUUUUAUGUAAGAACUAUAGAGAAGCUGUCAGUGUAAACGAGAAAUGUGUUAGCUUCAAAUGCGUCACUUUACUUAUCAUCAUCAUGUGUCUGUACCGUACCAAAAUUGUUUAUAUGUCUGCAAAUUAAAGGUAUAUAUUUUCAUAAUUUCUUGAUUGUUUCUACCAUUUUAUAUUUGAACAUGGGCUUGUUCUUUCACUGAAGUGCCUGCUAUUGGUGUCUGUUUGUUUUUAGGAUUAAAUUGUAGUAUUCUGCUAUGCUAAAGUUUAUAUUAAACUAAUUCAUGACUUACUUAAGCAUUGGGUAAAUUAUUAAGGGUGUGUAUAAUUGUAGCAUAUAUGGAAGAGAGUAUGCUGGUAUGUAUAAGUUCUUAUGAAAACUUACACCCAUGCACGUGUAUAUUCAUAUUAACUAAUUAUAAAUUUAAUAUCAGUGUAACUUUUCUCUCACAUUCCAGCAAAACUUUUGUUUGCUGUGUUUCACUAGCUUGCAAUAAUUUUUAAGUUAAUAACACACCAUGAAGAAAAAAAACUUAAACACAAACACAGGAUUUAUUAGAUUUAUAUUAAUUACAUAUUUUUGUUUUCUUCAACUUGGAUAUCUGGAUAAAUAAAUAUAUAAGGCAGCAGAGUUUGAGACAAAAAAUCAAUAUAUUUUCAUGAAAGUUCCUUUUGUAUGAUAGGUACUUGAACUAGGAGACUUAUAAGGCCAUGUAAGCCCAUAAAUUGUUCAUUCACAGCUCUUAUGUAACAAAAUAGGAAAACAUCCUUUCUAGUCAUGUUUUAUUUAGUUUCUUUUAUCAAAGGAGGAACUACAUAAAAGAUAUGUAGCACCAUUAAUAAAAAACAAGUCAUCCACGAGCUCCAUGACUUUUGCCAACAUUAUAAAGAGAAAAAUAAAUAUUCUAUUCAUUUCAAAAUUCGAACAUGAUUCGUGUGUUAAAGGGGGUGGCUACUGGACUUGUUUCUUGCAUGAGAAAUAUCUAUAACCUUAAUAAAAUUAUGUAUUUUAAAAUAA